UAAAACCCGGAAGAUUGUUAUGCAGCCCUAGAAAGACAGGAGAGGGUUAUCCCAAUAAAAGAAACAAUAACAAUCGGAUCGUGAAGAUGCUAUUUGGAUUAUUUGUAUUUAGUUAUUAAUUGGCAUGGAAUUUUUAAAGAUAGUUUUUAGUCACUAAUUCUGACAAAAACGACCUACAGAAACAUGUCGAAAGACACAAAAAAGUUUAUCAAAGAAUUUAUAAGGCAUGUUGAGACAUUGGAAGCCGAGGAGGACCCAGAAGGAAAUGGCUUUAACAAAGAAUACAGGGUAAAAUUUUAGAAAUAAAAUACGAAUUUAACUUCCUUAAGUCCAUUUCCUUAUAAAAAUAGGCCUAACAGUUAUUGAAGAUACACUAUUUUAAAUUUAAAUGAAUAAACAUUUUAGCCAGUUUCUACCUCUCCCUUGCAUAUCUAAUAAAAUUUGAUGGUAUGAUUAUUAAUGAUUAUGAUUAAUAUGAUGAAUAUGACUUAUCAUGACUUAUGAUAGUAUAAUUAUAGUAUGAUUAUCUGAUUAAGAUAUUUUUAAAUUUUAUAUUAGUAAAUUAUCUUAAAUUAGACCUAAACCUCAUUCCUCAAUAACAAUACCUUAAACAUUUUUUUACUGCACUGCAGCCUUCAAUCAUCAAAACUGCACUCAAAACAAAUCUUUUUAAACCCUACUAUCCUCUGAUUCUCCCCUCUGACAGAAAAACAAUGCUGUUGGGUGUCGUCCAUUGCUUUACAUGUAAAUAGUUUUAAAUAUACAUUCGUUUUGUUUUAUUUAAUUAACUAGCCAAUAUACCCAGCGUUGCACAGGAUUGCAUUAGUACCCCAUCCUUGUGUGACCCCGAUCCCAUUGGAACCCAAAUCCCAAUCUGACACUGAUCCUGGCACCGUCCCGUUUCCCGGUUUAUCCCGAUCCCGGUGGAUCCAUUCAAGGUUGGGAUCCCGAUCCAGGUGGGAUCCCGUUUUCUGGUGGGAUAAAAAUUAUGAUGGGAUCCCGUAUAAAAAAAUUACUCAGUGUUACUGAGAGAGCAGUAAACUCCGGGACAGUAUAGAAAUGAAUAGAACUAACUAAAAUUUCAUUAUCCCUUAGAUCCAACUAUAUCUCCCCGUGGAACAAUUUAGAACUUUCUGGAAGAUUCUAGAUUAAAUUUAAUAACCUGCUCGAAACAUAUGUAAAACUACUUUUCUAAUUAUUUUUUGAAUACAAUAAAAAUCUUCAACAAAUACCAUAAUUAUAAUCCUUUUUAUUUUAAAUUAAUCAUGUUUAAGUUAAACAUGGGGCCCAUACCAUAACUGUACCGAUUUAGCUUUGCCUGAGAUAGGAAGCCCAAUAAAUAUCAGACGGAUACAUAAUAGAGUUAAAAUUUAAAAUUUAAAAUUUGUCCCAUUAAAAUCUACUUAAAAAUGCCAUAGAUGUAGCUUUUUAAAAUUAUGGAACUUUCUGGAAAAUUCUAGAUUGGAUAUUAUUAGUUUUAAAUCCACCGAUAUUUCAAUAUGGACUAAGAAGCUUAAUGAACAAAGCUAGGCUUAGAUCCAUAAAUUCACAUAGACCCUAUACCGUUGUCUAACACUAUUGAUAUCCAUAUAGCUUAUAUAAGAAAAAAUGAACUGGGCCCCCCGACCCCAGAAGAAUGGAUAUUAUGAGUUCAGUACCCUUCGGUAUUUGAAUAUGGAUAAUAAAGUAUAUGUGUACUAAGUUUGGUCAAGAUCCCUCAACUCAAGUAGGAGUAUUUGUUUCUAAUUAUUUUUAUAUAGCUCAUAUAAGGAAAAAAAAGAAUUCUGGGUCCACGGCCCCAAACGGAAUGUUAUAAAAAGUUCAUAACCCCUUAAGAUUUCCUUUUGGAUAAUGAUGGAUAUAUGUGCCAAGUUUGGUCAAGAUCCAUCAAUCUUUGUAAAAGCCUUUGUGGAACAAACAAAUCCCGCCACAAACAAAAAUUCACUUUUAUAUAUAUACAAGUGUUAAUUUUGAAUGUCUAUAUGUAUAAUAUGAUUUUGGAGGUUUAAAAUAGUGUAAAAAAUAAUAACACUUAAAUUCAUUUUGAUUAUGUUGUUGUACCGUAAACAUUUAAGGUACAAAUUAUUUACAAUCAUGUAACUAAUAAAUCAAUUUUUUUAUAUUUAGCGGUCAAAUAAUUUUGUGUAAAUAAUUACAAUUUCAUACAUUUUUCGAAUACAUUAAAAUUUUAAUUUCCUGUACAUCAAGUUGUUUUCAACAACAAAAAUUAAGUUAUGUUAUCUGCUUCAACAAAAGUUUUUAAGGCAAUAAAUAUUUUAAAAAUUAGUCCAACAGUCUUCUUUUUACUUUACAUUAAUUAGGACAACCAUAAAACCUUACUUAAAAUUAAUUGUAUUUUUCUAACUAAUAGUACCAGUACUCAAAAAUAACAACCCGUCAGAUGCCGGGUAUAUCAGCUAGUCAUAUAUAUAUAUAUAUAAGUGAAUGUUUGUGGCUUUGUUUGUUCCACAUAGGCUUUUACAUGGAUAUGAUGGAGCUUAUGUCAAUUAAUUUUUUAAAGUUCAUGAUUAAGUUUGUUAAAUUGUAUGUACAGCGUGGUGAGCCCAGCCCUAGGCUGAGGUACCACGCUAUAUAAAACCACUUAUAAUAAGUUAUAAUAAUAAUUACUUUGGCCUUGGCAAAGAAGAAGCUGGGUAACAUUUUUUCAGACUAUGUUCCCCUCACCCCUGUAUCAUACAUCUAUCUAUAUUAGGUCUAUAUUUUAAAUUAUAAUUAUAUAGCCAAAUCUGAGCAUGAGGAAGGCUACAGCAGACAGUGUUAAAACAGUACUGUAGACUUUAUAAUUAGUGCCAAGGUAUUGUCACUAGUAUGAAUUAGUAAUAAAUGAACGAGGCAAUAUUUGGCUAGCUUCAUUGAUAGUGGAUUUUUAAAGCUCUGAUUUUGGUUUGAUUUGAUUGGCUGGACUACCAAUAGCUCUCUAGAACCUAUUGGUAGUUUAAUACAAAUAGUUCCCAACCCUAACUAGAAGCUAUUGGUAGUAAACUACCAAAAGACACUUUCUUUCGCAAACUUGUUUGCUGUGCCUAAGCCUAGUUAGGCUAGUAAUUUUUUUUUAAUACUUCAUAAGAUUGGACUUAGUGCCCUACUAAAAUUUUUAUAAGGCAUAUGAGUACAUAGGUAAAACAAAACAUUAAAAUUUCAAUAGGGCCUACAAUUUUCAUAUCACAAAUAAUAAUUCUCUAGGUAUGUAUGUAUUGUAUGAUUGUAAUGAUGUGUUAAAUUGGUUUCGCAAAAUAAAAUUCCCAGAACUUAGCACUAAUUGGGAUUCUUAUAUAGUGCGUUACUUUAUUGCAUAUUUUUUUAAUUAAAUGUGAAGUUCAUGCCUUGCCAUCCCCAUUGUUGGGCAGGUUAUUUCUAAUUUUAUAAUUAUAAAUAUUUACUGAGUUUACUGUUACUAAAAUUGUAGAUAUAUUGAUUGACCUGAAAUCUGGUAAGCAAUUAAUUUUUAAAAAGAGUGAUGCUUUUUUGUUUUGUUUGGCGACCCAUAUUAUGCAUUUGUGGUAAACACUGAUUUAGCCUAUUCUUUUUAAGUAUGUAUGUAUGGCAUCUUUCCGUCUGCGAGAGACGAUAGAUUAUCUUUAUAGCUUGCAGCUCUUGGUGUGGCUGGUGAGACCAAUCCUCGAAUGGCAGUCUCUGUUACAUUUCCCACACACGAAUGCGGUGGAGCAGUAUUUACCGGCCUUCCUCCUCGCUCUUUUUGCAGCUGUUUCCGCCCUGUUUUGAUCCUUGGCAUGUAGUGAUCCUGCCUUCACGAUGCCCCGCCAUGAGGAUCGAUCCUCUGCCAGCUCCUCCCAGUUUGAGAUGUCGAUGUUAGCCGACUUCAUGUCUCUUUUGCAUAUGUCUAAGUAUCUCAGACCAGGCCGUCCAACUGACCUUUUCCCUGUCGCCAACUCGCUGUAUAGCAUGUCCUUUGGUAUGCGACCAGAUUGCAUUCGCUUGACGUGUCCAAGCCAGCGGAGGCGUCUUUGGAUUAACAUCCGACCCUGCGAUGUGUACAAACAAACCCUGUCCUGUAGGCUGUUGGGGACUUUGUCUUGCCAUUUAAUGUCAAGGAUGUGGCGCAGGCAUCUGAGGUGGAAGCCAUUGAGCCUUCUUUCGUGUUUAGAGUAUUUGGUCCACGACUCGCAUCCAUACAGAAGUGUGCUCAGUACGCAGGCCUGGUACACCUGCAGCUUAGUUCUUGUUGUGAGUUUGGCGUGUGACCAGACUCUUUUCUUCAGUCUGGCCAUAACAGUUGUGGCCUUCCCUAUCCUCCCACUUAUCUCAUCCUCCAUUGAGAGGGUGCUCGAUAUGUUGGAUCCCAGAUAUGUGAAUCUGUCAACAGUAUCCAAGUCGUAGUCGUCGAUGGCAAUAGUGGGGAGGGAGUCAGCGCCCUGUGCCAUAAUGUUAGUUUUCUUUAGGCUAAUUGUCAGGCCAAACUCUUUGCAGGCAGCGGAUAGGCUGGAUACGAGGCUCUGCAGGCCGUCAGCUGUGUGAGAUACCAAAGCGGCAUCGUCCGCAAACAAGAACUCCUGCAGCAAGACCUUUCUUGUUUUAGUCUUAGCUCUAAGGCGGGCAAUGUUGAAUAAUUUGCCGUCAUCUCUAGUGUGGAUGUAUAUCCCCUCGCUGUUGUUCUGAAAGGCAUACUGGAGUAGGAUGGAGAAAAAGAUUGCAAAUAAAGUAUAUUUAAGUAUAUUAGUUAGAAAAAAAGAGAUAAAGUUAAGUUAUUUUUUCAUAAAAUAGGACACUGUACAGUUUGGUACUUUCUUAAAACGUGCUUAUGUCGCCUGGUACAUUGUGCAUUUACCAUUAAAGUAUUUUUAAAUUAUCAUUUUUAUUUAUAUCUUAUUAGUAUGCUAACUAUGUUUAUUGUUUAACAUAUAUGCACAGAUGAUUCAUGAGGUGCAGGUGAGGAAUCGCAGGGAAAAUGCUUUUAGCAUGGAUGUAGGAAGAAUUGAGACUAACUUGAAAAAAAAUAGAUACAAAGACAUUUUGCCAUGUAAGUUUCAAAUAAUUAGCCAUUAAUUAUGAAUAAUUUUAAUCGUUCAAAUUGACCUUUAAAUAAAAUAUUUACAUAUUAUUAAUUGUGCAAUUUUAAGUCUAACAUUUUAAUAUGUACAAAUUUCAGAUGAUGAACACAGAGUAAUUCUGAAACCAGUGGAAGGGGAAGAGGAUUCUGAUUAUAUAAAUGCAAGCAAGCUAACCGUACGAACAUUUUAAAAAAAAUUAUUUUUCAAAAUACAUUAUUAAUCAAAUUACUUAAAAAAAAUUUUUUUCUAUGUUUCAGUCAUAGGCUUGGAUAUUUGAAAUAAUAUCUAUCAUAUACAACGAAUAAGGUUCAGUAUGGAUAUUUUUUCACUAGUUUGCUUUGAAGCAAGUUCUUAAAGGUGUAUUGGAAAGGAAUAAUAUGAUUCAAACAUUGCAAAUUUAUUUUUUAUUGAACUUUUUUCACAUUAGGGUGUUAAAGGUACUGGAGGAUACAUUGCUAGUCAAGGACCAUUAGCCACCACAGUCAUUGACUUCUGGAGAAUGAUCUGGGAGUAUAAUGUUGAGAUUAUAUUCAUGGCUUGUCGAAUUGUGGAGUUAGGAAAGGUAAAAUUUAAUAUCUUUGGUAAAUGCUUAAUUUAAAUUGGUUUUUACCUGUUAAAGAGUGCUUAGUCCUCCUGCUCUGAUAAUUAUUGUGAAUUUACUUACUGUUCAUUCAACUUAGCUGCAUGAAUAUUUAGGUAACAUUUUUUAAAAAGUUAUAAUAGCUAUGAUGUUAAAAGAAUUAAAAUUUAUUAAAAAAAUUUAAAUUAACAUUUGUGUAGUAAGUGGUGGUUGUAAAACAUUUGUUUUUGAUAAAACAUUUUAACUGUUGAUUAUGAUUGUGUCUUGGGUAAGCAGUUAUUAAUUAAUUAUUUGCAGAUUAAAUGCAAGCAAUAUUGGAAUGAUGCUAAUAAGUCUGAAGAUUUUGGGGAUAUUUCAGUUUACACAGUAAGUAAGCAUUUUUAGUCCUUAAAGGGAGGUGGGGGUGAGAAAUGGGUGAAAUUUUUCAAAUUUUGAAUAUUUUUAUAUUUUUGUGUAUUUGGUUUCAUUAACCAUUUCUUAAUUAAAUUAUUUUAUUUAUUUUUGCAAAAUUAAGUUAGAAAAACAAUAAAUUACAAUUUUCCUGACCCUAUCAAUCGGCAAAAAUUCAAAAUUGUCCCAAAGUGUUGUGCUUUUACCCUUUUUUUGUGAUUAUUUGGAAUCACCCAAUCCCAACGCAUUUGGUAUGUUGGAAAGCUUGUUAUUUCCUGUUUUAGAUAAAUAUAGCUUUUUGCCAUUUACGAAAGCAACCAAAUCUUUCAAUCACCAGACAUUUAUAGCAAAACAUGAUAUUUAUGCUUAAAUUUAGGUACAUUAUGAUGACCCCCCAUGUUUUCAUGCACAAUCAGAGUGCAUAUGUGCUAUAUGGAUUGCCCCAUAUGUGAAAAUAUGUUGUUUAUUGCAUACGUUAUAUAUGGAUGUCCCAUUGUCCCAUCAACUCUGGCAUUCAAAUUUGGCAACAUUGACAAAUGUGCACAUUACAUGGAUGAUUUUUAAAAUUUUAUCAUAGGCGCUCCUUUUUCAAGACUACAUAUUUUUUUAAAUGUAUACUCAACUGCUCUGCACAGUGGCGUUAGAUUUUGACAUAUUCUAUUAGAUCUAGUAAGUGGCAUUUGAAAAAUUUUGGAAGUCACUAUGCAGCUGUACAAAUUUAAUACCCCAGUUUUGGUUGGUUCUCCCAAUACAGCUUGCAGUUGUUUAGGACCACAAUAUUAACGGAAAAUAAAAUCAGGCUCCUAGCCUUAAAUGCAGGGGUGGGCAAUCUGCGGCCUGCCACAAUGAAUUUUGUGGUCUGCCGGAUGUAUCAUAAAUGAACUUAUUUCUUCAUUCAAAUAGAGAUUAUUUUAAAUGGUGGCAUAAAUGCACAUUUUUUAUAAAUAUAUAAAUCAUUUUUUGUGAAGAAUACACGCCAUUUCUGUGUACAUGCCCCCAUUUUGGACUGAUAGAUUGAAAAUAGAAUGAAAUAAGUAGUAAAUUAUAAAAAAACGAUAACUAUUUAUUAACUACAAAAAUUUUAAGUAUUUAUGUAAGCAAAGUCAGGUAUGAGAAACCUAAUUUUUCACAAGCGUUACAAUUAAGUUUAGAAUAAUGCAAAACUAUAUUCAGGUAUAUGCUCAGCUUCCUCCCUACCCACACUUUUGUUUAGGUGACUCUGGCGGAUGUCCUCAAAUUCUGCUCCCCCACUACAUCUUUGUUUAUUAAAGUAGCAAAUGAUGGGCACAUUUUUAUUUGUAAUAAUGCACUGUAUAUAAAUACAUAAACAUCAGUCAUCUAAUUUGAGAAGUGACCUUUAUUAGACAUGCGAUGUGAAUAAUUAUUAUAUAUAUAUAUUAUAAUGUUUGUUUAUUUAUUUACUAUUAAAAUAUGGUAUAUACGAUUUUGAGAUAGUAAAGCACUAUUCUGAGACUAUAUUGUACUAUUUUGGAAGUUCCAGUUUAACCAGGGCUGCUUUAUAUUUCCUAUUGAUAAACUACUUUAAAACGUGACAGAUCUCUCGUCACAACAUAAGUGUAAUGCAUUGAAAAUAAAAUAAAAGUAACCUCAGGUGGAGGAGGCAAGAGAAGACUAACACAAAUUACAUUACAAGGCUUAUCCUAUGUUAUUCACAGACAAAAAGAUUAAGACUGCAGUGAAGUUGAAAGGAAUAUGAAUAUUUUCCUUUCUUCAACCAUGUAUCUAUAUCCAAUGUGAUUUGCAACAUGAUUAUUGUUUAAAUUUGAUAACUGAUUAGAUAUUACAAUCUUGUGAUCAGUCAUUAGUUUUCUGGCUCACACAAAAAAAUCGUAUGCUUUUGGGCAAUAUACACAUUGCAGCUCAAGUGGCUCCAAAGUUGUGUAAUAGAAAUCAGAGAAGUCACAGCUGUUAGUAUUCAUUCCAUCAUAGGACUUGAAGUACUGAAAUUUUUCAACAAGACCAAGAGUUGCAUUUUCAGCAUACCUGGGCAAUUGCGAAUGACUCUUUGGAAUUAAAGCUUAAAUGUGGAUUUUAUUGUUUUGCACACUUUUUUAAUGCUGAAACUCUCCAAAAUAAGCAAAUUAUUAUUUUUUUGGCAAAACAGAAUAAAAGGUAAAGGCAUGGAAAAGUUGAGUGGCUAGGAAAAAAGACAAAAAGGACCUGGCAAGGAUAAAAAAUGUCCACAACAGGCUCAUAAAUUUUUUAAAGUCCAGUCUGAAUAUAAAUAUCUUAUUUUUCACUGAUAUUCUCAUUGUUUUUUUCAUUUUUCUUCAUUAUUUCAGUUUUCUCAUUUUCAAUAUUUUUGGUCACCAAUAUCCCUAUAACAUUUUUAUCCAAACCUCACAUAAUUUUCAUAGUAUGUUCAGUGACCAAUAAUAAACAUUUAUUAACCUAGAAUUAAGAUAACGUUCUUUGAAAAGAAAAUAGGUUAAAAAGAAUUCACCCAAACCCCUAUCUUUUGAAGAAAAAACAAGAGUAACUUUUUGUGACCCUGUUGAUUUCUAACUAGUUAUUACAUCAAUAAGUCCUGUUAUACAAAAUUUUGGUAUAUGUUAAAUAAUUUAUGUUUAAAAUCUGAUGGCAAUAACUUUAUAUUUGUAAAAGCCUUGAAACACACCAAAAAUAAUACAAAAGGAGGAGUUUUUGUUACGGGUUACAAAGGCAAUGGAAUUUUUUAUAUUUUUUUGAAAACCUGUUUUGUACCCCCAUUAAAAUACCAAAGAAAGUGUAAGGUAAAAAAAAAUUCCCUUUAUGAAGCCAAACAAAACAUUUUUUGAUUUUUUCACCCUCACCUCCUUAAAAUGUGUUUUUUUUUUUAGGACAUGUCAUAAGAACUUGUACUAUUGGGGCUUUUUUUAUUUAAACAUUUUAAAAAAAAAAAAAAUGCAAUUUUACCUUUCCUCACUGCAUAUUGUUUUUUUUGCUUUUAAUUUUUGUAAUUGUUUUUUAAAAAUUUUAAACCCUCUCCUCCUUAAAAUGUUUUUUUUUUUUUAGGACAUGUCAUAAGAACUUGUACUAUUGGGGCUUUUUUUAUUUAAACAUUUUAAAAAAAAAAAAAAUGCAAUUUUACCUUUCCUCACUGCAUAUUGGUUUUUUGGCUCUGAAGUUGUGGAAUUGUCUUUUAAAAAUUUUAAACUAAAUUAUUUACUUUACUUGUUUACCUAGAGAUUGCAGCAAUUUUAUAAUUUUACUAUUUGAAAGGCUUCAAAUUUAAACUUUUCUGUUAAUUUUUAUAGGAAAUGGAAGAAGAAAUAGCAUCUGAUUUUAUACAACGAAAAUUAAGAGUUACAAAAGGUGAAGAGACCCGGAUGCUAACACAGUUUCACUAUUCAGGAUGGCCAGACCAUGGAAUACCUGAUGACCCUGCACAUAUCCGAGAUUUGAUUGGCAUAAUGCGGCGUACAAGGCAAAAUGAUGAAGCUCCAUUGUUAAUCCACUGCAGGUACAACUUCUCUUCUAUACUGUACAAUUAAACCAAAAUUUUAAUAAAAAGUCUAAUGCUCUCAGACUUACUGUACUUUUUUAUUCCCUUUUUAAAAAAAUAUAUAUUUAAUUUUUCUUAUCAAAUGAUUUUAUAAAACUAUCUAGUUUCAUUUGCUUUUUCUCAGUGCUGGAUGUGGUAGGACAGGAGCAAUAGCUGCCAUUGAUUAUGUAUGGACAUUGUUAGAAGAAGGAGUAAGUUCACAAGAAACUAUUAUGAAAGUAAAAUUUUGCCUUUGUAGUUUAAAGAGUUAGUUUGUUCUAAAAUGCAGAGUUUAAUGUGAUCUUAAUUUAUUAAUACUAGAAAUAAAGCUUAAAAACUUAAAAGUCUGUGUUUGAGUUAUACAAUAAAUAUAACUAAAGGACAAGUAAUUUUAAAAAAUGUUUGAAGUUAUUGUUAAUAAUUCCAUCUUCUUUUCAAUGAGGUUUAAAAACAUAAUAACCGUACCCAUUUUUAUUAUCAAAUAUUUUAUUUUCCAAUUAGAGGUUUGAUGAAAAAUUCAACCUUUAUGAACUUAUCUGUAACUUCAGAGAACAACGGAUGUCCAUUGUUCAAACUGCUGUAAGUGUAAUCUUUAUAAUCCUUCAUUUGGUCUACUCAAUCAGCACAUAGUUUAUACAAAUCAGAUUUCAGAAAGAUUUUAUUUCCAAAUAAUUUUGUUGAAUUAUGUUAGCAUAAUAAUGCUGAUUGCCAUACAUUUGAGAAAAUGUUAAAGAUCUGUUUAGAGUUUUAGCACUUUACUGAAUAUUUACAAGUGUUUGUAAUAAGAUUUAUAUAGCAAUAAAAUCAUAUUUUAAAUUUUCAGUUGAUACACUAUCUUUAAAGGAUUAUUUUUUUUGUAAAUAAAUUGAUAGCCAUUUUGAUCGUUACAUUACAUUACAUUACAGUUGUUUAUUAAAGAAUUCUGAUGUGUCUUCUGUGUGAUUCUGUCCUUGAGUUAUCCCCAAUAUUCAAUGGCAAGUUUUUGUUGUUUUGUUAUUCCAAUAGGAACAAUAUGCACUUGUCAAUCAAGUCCUGAAGUCUUUAUGUGAAGAGUGGCUGACAAAAAUGGCAUCGCACACUUAUGAAAAUGUUGAUCCAGUGAGUCACAUUUAUAUCUAGCACCAUAACCACUUGAUCCUUUUGUCUUCGAAAAUAACCUAUAGUUUUAGAGUGGAGCCUAUGUAAUUUUUUUAAAUUCUAUUAUUUUUGUUUUUUGGAAGAAUUUUCUAUCUGAAGCUUUUAUUAAAUUAACAUCUAAGCAAUUUAAUAAAUGCAUCACUUUAAGAUCAUCUUAAAUAGCAGAUUUUCUUGCUGCUGGUAGACAAUACCGGGUUAUUUGGAAAUAUUUAUUACAGAUUCAUAGAUUUAUUCAAAUCAAACAAAGAACUUAUUAAAAUAAGGUAUGAGGUAAUUAAGAAGUUUUAACAGAAAUUGACAAGGAAAAACUUGACCUAGUUGAAUGACAAGUACUGGGGCCUGCAGUUACAAUGUUUUCAAUAAGAAUAAUAGCCCCAAUGAAUAGAAAUACAUUUACCCACCCCAUAAUAAACAUCCCUCAGAAGGGAAAAUUUAAAUGAGUCUGCUUUAUAUUACUAUAAUUUUUUGAUAAAUGUUAUUGUAACAUAAGGAUGGCAGACUCCUCUAAAUUUGCCCUUCUGAGGAAAGGGCAUAUUUGUUGAGUUCAUAUUGUAUGGCUCAGCACCCAAGAUGGGACAAGCAGGCAAUCAUUUUGUGGGAAAUUUAAGAGCAAUUAACUAGGACUCCAAUGAUUAUGUACAAGAACAUGCACAAAAAAAAAAAAAAAAAAAAAAAAAAAAAAGAAGGAGGAAAAAAAAAAAAAAAAAAAAAAAAAAAAAAAAAAAGACAUUAACAGAGAUGAAAUGUAACAGAAAUGGGAGUCCAUUGGGCUUUCUUUAAAGUUAUUUUUUUAGUUAUUAUUAUUUUUUAAUGUGUGCCAAGAAAAACAACCACAAAAGGUUUUUUAAUUAUUUUCCACAGAAGGAAAGUGUUAAAAAUUCUGAAGGUGAAUCCGGUAAGUACUCAGUCAUAAGAAAGUCAUAUUCAUGCAGCUCUAUUACAUACAGAGAUGCUUGAUUGGAUAGUUAAAACAAACAUAUUCAUCUAUAGAUACACACAUAAAUUAUUUUGUGAUACUUAACAACUGUUUGACUCAAUGAAUGAAGCUCAGUUAUUAAUGAUGAAGGGUGUACAGCCGAGAGGUAAUCAUCAAAGGUUUGAAUGGGUUAGCAUUCACUAAGAUUGUAUGUCAAGAUAAUUUGACCAACAGUAACAUGAGGUAUAUUUAUUUUCACUUUGUCAAGAAAACAUUUACGACUUUGGAGAGUCACCAAUCAACACUAAGGCGUCUGAUCUAAAGGAAGGUAAACAAGGACCAGAAAUUAUAACCCUCCCCACUCCUAAGCCCCAAACAAACCAAAACUAUGAGAAUCUGAUAUUACGGAGCCAUGCACCAUCAGAGAAAGCACCUGCACCACCUCCUCCAUCCAACAAUAAUCCUAAAAAGCCACCUCAGUCAGUAACCGUCACCCAGGUUGGAUCAUCUCCUCAGCACUUGCCACAAGGUGGUAAGGAUACCUUUGAGAACUGUCCUUCCUCUGAGAACUCUGCCCUUGACAGCGCAAGCCUGCCUAUUCCUCGCAAUGAGGAGCAGCCUGCUAGUUUCAUUUCUACUGCCGCAAAUUCUAAUCCCCGUUUCAUUGAUACCAGCUCAUCUCCUAGCAUUGCUACUAGCAUCAGUAAAAGUCAAAGUCUUCCACUUAAUGGUACUGCUGAUACUGAAAAAUCCAGCGCAAAACGAAAAUCUUUUACACUUCCACAAGAUCUUGUUACUAGACUAUAGCUUACUUCAGAUUAGUCUUAGACCUAGACUCUUUACAGAGCUUAAUUUGAACACUAUAUGAUACUUAAAAUCUCAUUGAUAUCCAGAUUUAUUUGUUUAGCAAGAACAAGUUCAUGGUUUUUUAUAUUAAAGAAAAUUAUUUAAGCCAACUAUCUUAGUAUUUAUUGUAAUAUACCGUAUCAAGCAGAAUUUUCACCCUUACUAUUUAUACUGUAGCUUGUUUAGAAAAUGUAACAAUUAACCAGAGAUUCAUUUUUAUAACAUCAAAACCCAUCUAGAGUAUUUUUACUACAUCUCAUAUCCAACUAACUUUUUUUUUGCUUUUAACUUUGUAAUAAACCCCUUUAAGCAUGUCAGAAGAUUGAAGUAUUAACUUAUUAUUGACUUUUUAUUUGUGGCUUCUUUAUGGUUACUAACUUGACAAUCUCUGCUUGCUGGUGCAUUGCCUUCACAGAUUUUUAAAUUAUCAAAUUCCAAGUAGGUGCAUGACUAGAAAUGGGAACCGAUGUUUCUAAAAUAGUUUCUUUAGUAAAUGUGUGGCAUUGCCCUUGGUAGAAAUAAAUGGUUGAGGUCAGUCAAGUGACCAAACCCAUUUCUUUAUUUAGAGUUGUAGUAAGCACCAGUUUUAUCCCACAUUGUAAGUUUAUGGAACACAUUUCUGUGUGUACCAGAAAUUUCAUAGAAUUCCAUGUCAGGUCAGCUAGAAAUCAUCCAAUAUAUUAUUAUUGGCCUGAGAGGUAUUUGGUAGGGUUACCAGAUGGAUGAAAAAUGAGGACAUUUUAUUUUGAAAGAGGACAUUUCAAAAUUAAACUAAAUUUAAGAUAUAUAUGUUUGUUCUGAAAUAAGCAAAUAAUUACAACAUUAAAAUAAGUUUUAUACACACCUUUGACACUAAUUAGGUUCCCCGGUAUUUAAGCCUACUUCUCAGAGCUGGCUAUUUUUUGAAAAAAGUUCUUAAUUUCUGAAGUAGUUGUAAAUAUAAAAAUUCCGAGCAAGACUUGUUCUUGAAAUUGUACUGUGUGAAUGUCAGUAUUAUUCCUUUAUCUGCUGACUCCACAUCAAGUUUAUACCACUCCUUGGUCCAUGGAGUAUUUAUCAGUGGAAAAAACCCUUUCCAUGCUUGCAUUAAAGAGCAGAAUGCACAAAUAAAAUUCAAUAAAUUUUCAGUAAUUUUCAAUAGUGGGGCAAGAUUUGAAAAAAAACGUCCAUUGUUCAUGCAGCCUAUGAUCUUCCUCGAAUAACUUAAUCUCUUUUUCUUCAGAUUUGAGGAAGACGUCAGGUUACAAAAUUGGUCAUACAGUUUCACAAUAUCAAUGAUAACAUCUCACUUUUGUAAUAACUCAAUACAAGGAAUCAAAUCUUCAUAUUUGUACUGACUGUGUUCUUUAAGUACCACCCGUCCAAAACACUUUAAUUCACUUAUUCACAUAAUUGUUGGAUCCAUGUUCCAAUUAUUCAAGAGAUGCUUUAGAAACAAUAUGAAAUUCUUGAUACAUGUCUUGAUUUCUUCCUUCGAACCAUUUAUUUGAAGAACAAGCUACUUCACUUUAAGGGCGAAAAUUUGUUUUUAAUUAUAUUUUGCACCAACCGCAAUAUUGAAUCUAAGAAUUUCAAAAUCUCCAGUACUGAGUUCACUUCUUGCUGUGCAGAUGCCAAGUUGGCUUGAAACGGACAUUAAAGAAUGUGCCAAACACAAAUAUGCAUUUUCAAGUAUUUAGGGCGGCUGGUUUUUGGAUAAAAAAAUAUGCUUUGAGAGCAUAAAAUAACUUUAAAAGUCUGUCUACCACUGGGAACAAACUCAGCGACCUUGUAUUCUUAUAUUCUCAUUAAGUUUUUCCAAGCCAUAAUUGCUAGUGACGGUAGCUAUUGAAAUGAACCUUAAAAUUUGCAAUGUCUCACCUUCUUUGAAAUUUUGUGUCGAGCAAUCACGUAAUUUAUAAAGUCUUCAGUCUUGGUUUUAGUACAUGUCAAGUUUUGGGCAAUUUUUUGAAUCGUCGAAUAAUACUUGGGUUAAACUCACCAUGUCAUCUAUUGGUUUGUAUGACUUGUGAUGUUUAAUGGUAUGAAAUGCCAGAGUUCCGGCUCCUGCAAUCGCAUUCUGCAACAGCGUUAAAAGGCAGAAUGGAGAAAAGUAGUCACUUUUAAUGAUGAUGAUGAUGAAACUCGAAUCAUCUUCCUAUGCCUCUCAGAAUCGAUGUGACCUUGUAAAGCAAUGUAACCCUAGUUGCUGACAUCAAUGUGGCCAUCACCUACAAGACAUUUGGCAUCAUAAUAAUCACAAGUAAAUUUUGUCUUUAAAUUGUCGGAAAACUUACACUUCCUUUUUCUAGGAACUUAUAUCUUUUAAUAUUAUAUAGCAAUCCUGUCUGUUAUUAUGAUGUAGCAAUCCUAUCUAUUAGUGUUAUAUAACAAUCCUAUCUGUUAGUAUGAUAUAGAAAUCCUAUCUAUUGGUAUCAUAUAGCAAUCCUAUCUAUUAGUAUGAUAUAGGCAGCACAGUUAAUUACAAAGAAGUAAAUAAUUCAAACAUCACAAAAGCGAGUGAAAUUAUUUAAUGAAUGAAGUCCUCUCGUAAACACUGCACCAUUCACUCAAAUUAAUACAUUGUGAAAGGCAGGAAUACUUGGUUAUUUAACGGUGAUGCGCAUGUGUGUGAAUCAUUCACAGUUCCUUUCGGCUAACUAAUUUCUUGCCAAAAUGAAGUUAUUUUUGAUAGCGCGCUAGCGAGUUAUUGGAUACAGCAGUGAAGACAAUAGUGUUUACGUGUAAUGAAAGGUGAAACAAUACUUUAAUUUUUACACUGCAAAAAAAUUUUUCAAAAAGGAAGACAUGUCCUCCUUUUGGAUACCAUCUGGCAACCCUGGGUAUUUGAAAUGAUUAUUUCUUUCUUUAAUUCAUUAUUUUUAAAAUCUGUUUCUGACCACUCCACCAAAGUCUGAUUUUAUUUCAUACAUUUUGAAAAUUUACCUAAAGAAUAUAUGCUCAUUUAUUCUGAUCCAGUGUUGGUAUCUAUCAGAUUUUAUCUUACUAGUCCCUUAACUUACAAAUGUGAACAAUUAUUUUUUCUGUUUUCAAUUUGAAUAUUAUUUAUUUAAUUCUAUUUAAGGAGACCACAGCCAUAUUUGUUGCAAUUUUUCAAACAAUUACUAUAGACUAUAGGUUACACUUUUGUUUGCUGCAUAUUUUUAUAGCAUGUUGGGUAAGUAGACCCUAACAUGCUCAUUUUGACUGUUAACAUGUCAUGUUUAGGGAAAAAUAUCUUGCAAAAGAAAACACAUAAAAGACAGUAGAUAUUAUAUUUGAAAACAAACUUGUUUACAUGAGAAACUUACAAAGAGCAUAGGUUUAUGAAGUUAAAUGAGAAUAAAAUAAGUUAACAAUUAUUUUAAAAACGUUCUAAUUGUACACAUUUUAACUGUUCUUGAAAUCUGCUGGUAUUUCUGUAAAAUAAAAUGUGUUUUUUUUUUUUAAAUUAUUAUUAACAUUUACAAAUUAACUAUGAGCAAUACACAUAUGAGUGGGAAAUGUAUAGAAAAAAACAUAUUUGGAUACAUAAAGACAUGAAAACAAAUAGGAAUAUUUGUAACUAGUAAGAAUUUUGUUAAAUGUAGGAAUGUGUUCAAGCUGAAUGAAGGAAAUAGUGAAACAAGGUAUGUUGAAGCUUGAAAUGAAAAGGCAUGGGAACGAUUGGGUGAAAAGCUUUCUUCAGUAGACAAUACAAUACAAAUACACUCUUACUAGUGGUCCUUAUUUCCCUGUAAUCUUUUCAUUUAUUAUUACUUAUAUUUUUAAUAUAUUUUUGUCUGUUAAAAUGUUAAAUUUCACAUUAAUGAAACCAUUAAUACUUUUACUUCCUGCAAUAUAUGGAUAGUACACAUGUUUUGGUUUUGGAAACCUAACUUCCGUGAAUAAUAUAGCACUUCCACAUCUACCAUUUCCCUCCAACAUGGCAACUCCAGACACAGAAGUUUUUGAACUCAUUUAUGUUUCUUUGUCGUUUCUUGUAUUGUCUUGUAUGUUUAAGAAGGCUUUUAGCCUAAAUGUUUUCCAUUUUGUCAUGUCUUUUCAUUUCAAGCUUCAACAUAGCUUGUUUCACCAUUUCCUACAUCAGGCCCGAAUUUUUUCUAAAUUGCAAUACAAACUAUUCAAUAGUUUGAAGGGAGAACAUAAGAUAACAGCAAUUGUUUGCACACCAAUGACUUUUGUUCCUUUUGGUUUUUUACUGUUUCAUAUGUGUAAUGUAAACCUGUAAACUGUACAACCUUAUGUCCAUAAUGUACAUAUGUACACCACAACUUUUACGUCAGCUCAUAUCAAAUGUUUCGCUGUUUUUGUAUUGUGUAAUUGACUUGGGUUAUUCUUGAUUCUUGAUUUUGGUUCAUUAUAUUUGCCCUGUCUUAUGUGUACAUAUUUUUUUUAAAAUCCAACAAGUGGUCAGGCCGAAUUUACUUUACAUUCUGUUUUUUUUUAGUUUCGUUGUUUUUGGUUAUUAUUUAGACUUAAAUUUUACAAAUAUAAAUGGGGACUACUCCAUACAUUUUUGUUGGUAUUAAAAUUUAUUUGUGACAUAUGUCAUCUAUUGUUUGGCUAUUCUUAAAAUUGACUUUCCAAUUUUAGACAUCAGUGGAGACUUACAAAUUGAUUGGUUUUUGUAAAAAAAAAUAAUAAUAAUAAAUUUGGAAUGGAUUUUGUGUAAAUUUCAAAGAAAUUGAAAAACCUUGGAAUGGUAGGUUGUUUAACACAGGCGAUUAAGUAUUGUAACACAUGUUGAUCAAAUGUCUCUCAUAAAGUACCUAUGAUGAGCUGAAGAUAAGAAUGCCUGCGAUGAAGGUGCCACUUAUUUACCAUCUUAUGAACUUGUCAGUGUUGGUUUAGAUAAAAGUUAUUGUCUUAUGAAUAUUUCAACCAACUUGUGUUACAUUAAUAUAGAGCAUAUGGCUGAAUUUGCUAAGGAAGCAAAUGUUUUUUUUCCCCACUAUACUCUAAUAAGAUUUUUCCUUAUUUGCUUUGGAUUUUUUGGGGGUUACUUAAACUGUUUGUAAACUGCCUAAAAAUUCCUCAUGUUUAAAAGAAGAUUCAAAGUGUAACAAACAAAAGUGUGGUCAAGCUUUAAAAACGACAGAAAAAAAACAGAAGUGUACACAAGAAAUUAACCUUCCAAUUUAGUCAAAUAGAGUUUUACUACAAGAAUGCGAAAAGAUCCUGCCUUCACAUGGCUUGGAUAGUAUCCUUGAUAUUAGUUGUUUUCAGCCAAUCUGUUAAUCUUACAUGUAGGAUAACAAUAGCCAUUUUUUUUUCCUUAAGGUUUAGGAUAACACAAGCCAAUCUGUUUUUUCUUACAGUAUAAGAUAACACUAACCAUUAUGUUUUUUCUUACAAGGAUAACAAAGGCCAAUCUAUUUUUUUUUACACUAUAGCAUAACACUAGCCAAUCUUUUUUUUUUCUUAGAAUGAUACCAACCAAUCUGCUAAUUCUUACAGUAUAGGAUAACACUAGCCUAUCUCUAUUUUCUUAAAGUAUAGGAUUUUAGUAGCCAAUCUGUUUUUUUCUUAAGAGGAUAACACUAACCAAUCUGUUUUUUCUUACAUUAUAGGAUAAUACUAGCCAAUAUAUUUUUUCUUAAAGUGUAAGGCAACACCAGCCUUUUUUUUUUCUUAAGUUAUAAGAUAACACCAGCUAUGCUGCUAUUUCUUACAGUAUAAUAUAACACCGGCCAAUCUGUUUUUUUUUCUUCUUACUAUACAGAAUAACACUAGCCAACUUAUGGCUCCAUGUUCAAACAACCACUUUUUAUCCUAAUUUAACUUCAUGUUUCAUCAGUGCAAUAUUUACUAACCUUGUCAUUUUAGCAACUAUUUCUUUAUUUACUUUGUAUCCCAAUGUGUAGAAUAACUAAAUUUGAGGAAUGGUCUCUGUGUAUAUCUUUAAGACUAUUUUUGAAUGAAAUUCUGAUACCUUUAAUCCUCUUUUUUUUUUUUUUCAACCACUUGGUCAUUUGAACAAUAAUGACUUUUUGUUGCAUUUAUUUGACUAGAUAUAACCUUUUUGUGAAACAAUAAUUUGUAUUAACCUUACACAAAUAGAUUUUAUUUUCUGAUGUAGAUAGUACCUUAUAUUUCAUUGAUCUCUAUGCAGUACUGAGCAAGUUUAAGUUUGAUUAUAUUAGCAAGUCUUUAAUCCAAUAAUCUAAAAUAGUUUAAAAUAAGUUUUUUUAAUUAAGAGAGGCAAAAUUGAACAAAUUGAUCUAUAUAAAUAUGGGCUAUCUACUGAUCAUAGAGAAUCACAGCAGUAACACAAUUUAUCACCCAGAGCCAGUCCCAUUUUUUAAUGAGUAAAUUUUUUAUAAUGACAUAUCAUGAAAAGAUGAUAUUUUAAUGAAUUUUAAGGGACAAAUGUGGUGGAAAUAAAUAUGUCACUUUGAAUUCCCUUAAUCUCCUAUAAUCUGUUAAUUAUAUCAUUUAAUUAUGUGAACAUCAUAGCACAGGUUUUAUAUCACUAUUUUACAAUACAUUUUAACAAAUUGACUUCAUUUUAAAAAUCUGAGCAAAUUUAAGAUAGACAGUUAGAAAUUGUGACCCAGUUGAAGACUAAAAAUAGACAUAUUUGAUUGUUAGUUGUUCCGUGACAUUGUUUGUUUUGUUUCUAUUUGUUAACGAUUCAUGCAAAGCAAUCUUUUCUUGUCAUAUCUUGACCUACAUACUGGAGAAGUUUUUUUCAGUCUUAUAAGUGGUUCCCAUAGUUCGUCAUAUAGGUAGGAUUCCUAAAACUUAGUUUGCUAUCACUUAGACACUGUUGGGGAUCAAACUAUAUUUUGAAAAAAAAAUGUUUUUGAAAAAAUCCACAUGCAUACUGUAUUUAUAGCCAAAAAGACAGGAAAAUACAUUACCAUCAUUGAACUGAAGCAGAAUUUUAAUCACCAUAAUCUUAGUAUUUCAAUGGUCCUGCUUUUGGCUUAUAAGUUGGUCAAUGUCUGGUUCCACAAUUGCCAUUGCUAGUUGUAUUGAGUGAUGCAUGUGUGCAGCAGUUUGUCUGGAAUAGUUGGAGAUUUCAGAUGUUUCAAUGGGGAGAAAGACUGUUCACAGAUAUAUGUGCUGCUAAAGAUGGAUGCCAUUUUGAGUACAUGGCUCCUGAGAUUGAGAAAUGUCUCAGAAGGGACAUAUGCAUAGAAAUUAGUAAGGCUGGUUUCAUCCAGGUUAGGGCUGCAUAGUGUGGAUGUGCUGUCUUUACAACUGGCUGUGUAUUUCCAACUGCAGCGCUGUAAUGGCCAUUUUCACAGUUACCCGUUCACAACUUUACUCCCCGGGUACCUCUACCGCAGUCGGGCGAGGCGAGUUAAGGACUUCUGAUCGGCUGAAUCUGAUCCGUGGGCCAUAGUUUGAGGACCCCUGACAGGUGCUUUCAGCAUUUGCCUACCUUCCUAUAUAAGUUAAUCGUGCACCACUGUAUGUAUGCAUUAGAUUAUUUUUCAAGUUAUUAUUGUUACAUUUGAGAUAACAGUUCUGAAAGGAUAAAAACUUGAGCUUUGGACUGUCAAUAAAAGCUUUUAUUAACCAUUCCAAAUAUCUGGCAAUGUGCAGUUAGUUCCCUUUGGAUCUGAGUGUCAUGCCAUGUUGAAUAAUGGCUCAAAAGUCUUUUUUUUUUCCUUUUUCUGCUCAAUUGUACACAUAUUUUUGUAACAAAACCACCAAUAUAAUUUUUUAUUUACCUUAAUAUAUAUGAUUUGCAUUAGCCUCAUUUAAAAAGCUGUUGUUUUUAUAGUUUAUUUUUUAAUUAAUUUUAUGUGUGGGUAAAACUCUUGUCAUACUUUAAACAAUAUUUGAGUUCCCUCUUGUGAAGACUUUCUGAUGUAUGACUUCAAAUAACAUCAGAUAGUUUUCUCAUCCUUAUGUUUCUUCAGUGUGCUGCCAUGCCAUCGGUCAUGUUUUUUGCUAGUGUGAUAUAGACCACACUUUAGGGUGUGUCUGGUUAGUUUUAUCUCAUCUAACCAAAAUCUGUUCAGUUUACCUUUGAGAUUUGAUCACAUUCAAGUUUUUUAUUAAAUGUUUAGACAUAAUUUUGAAAGUGUUCAUGUAUUAUUUUUUUUUUAAAGUUUCAUAACAAAAUUUUAUCGAAUAAAUUGAAUGGUUACAUUUCAAGUCAAUUAAAUUACAGUGACAACUUUUUAUUAUUAAAUCAAAAUAUUUUUUACACACUUAAAUUGCCGGCAUCGAAAAUUACGUUGUCAGUUAAACAGUUGUUGAAAGUUAAUUCAGUGGGCUCAUAACCUUGUGUUAUAUCUAAUACAAAAUUCCAUGGGUAUUCUUUUUUAUUUUUGUAAAAUCCACUGGAGAUGGUUUAUCAUGAUACAUUAUAUCAGUAGUAAAUUAUAUACUUCUGAAGUACGCAUUUAAUACUACUGUAAAACAGUAGAGUCAUCCUAAGGUGUAGCAUGCAAAGUUAACUAAAUGUAACAUGGUGCCUGUUCUUUUGAAAUCACUCAGUAGGAUGAGGAUCUUUUGACUCGGCUUGGCUUUCAGUACAGCAGUCUGAUGUUGAGAUGCAUUGUCAUAUUGACAGAAUGAUUUAACGAUGUUUUGCCAUCACGUCGACAGAAUGAUGUAACGAUAUACUGGUACUGCCACCAUGUGGAUUGUGGACAAAAUGAUGUUGAGUUGUAUUGCCAUCAUCUUGACAGAAUAAUGAUGUAGAGAUGUAUUGUCAUUAUGUUGAUCUCCUAAUGUAAUAGUCAGAAAUUCUAUCAUAAAUAAGUAUAAAAGGUUUGGACUGUGAUGUAGCUUUUUAGUAGAUUGAGACACAACGAUUUUGUGUAAAUUUUUAAAAAACAUAAUAUGUUAAGCUUUAAUUAUGAUGAGACAAAAUACAAAUUCAAAUUUUUUGACAAAUACCUUCAUCAGUACAACAAAAAACAGUAAAAUAAUUAUAACCUAAAUUUACAUAAUACAUGCAUUAUCCUACCUUUGCCUAAAAAUGAAAGAAAAGGAAAGCAUAAGAAAGGGCACGAGUACCUAAUGAAAAAAAAAAGAUCAGAAGACCAUAAAAAGAAAGUGUGUGGAAGUACAAAUUUAAAACCAAACAGGAAAAAGACUAUGCAGCUAUGUAAAAUUGUGAAUUUGGUUUAUAUCGUAUGGGGUCAACGCACCAAAUCUUUUUAUUAAUUUGUUUUCCAUAUAAAUUCUUUCAGGUGUAUUACUUGCAUACAAUAUACCAGUCGUUAUUGUUAGCACUAUUGAAAUGUUUAGAAACAGGACAAAGAGCUUGUUUAUUCAAUGUUUAUUAAAAGUAUUCACUAAAGCAGUCUCCUAGGUGACAGCAUGUCUCCCCUACAUAUGAUUUCCCACACUUUUUACAAAGGAUUGUGUAAAUCACGUUGCGACUUGUUUAGGUAAAAUCAUCUUUGAUUCUGAAUACUUCCAGAGUGAAAGCGAUCUUAUCAACUUCAGCCACAUAAGGACAUGUGUUACAAUGGCUACGGUUGUAACUUUUGGUGCCAAUAUGUGCCAAUAUGUGCUUUAAUAGCAGGGAGGUGGCUUCUAACAACCAUGUCCCUAAGGCUCUUGUCCCUCUUGAAAGCGAAAGUGGAGAGUUUUGAAAAUCAGAUUGGUGACAGUGUCUGCCAUAAGGAUGGACCGGUUUUUAGAGGUUUUUAAGAACUAGAUGAAGAGCCAUAUGGUUGUGGGGAUGAAAGGUUAUAAUGAAUUUAGAUUUAUCACCACUUUCAGAAUGACGACUGCUUCUAAAAUUGGCUCAGUAUAUAAUCUACAUUAGAAAAAAUCCAUCAAUUCCACUGUUCUUUCCGAAUAUCCUCAUCAUUGCUGCAAAGUCUUCUAGGUCUAAGCAAAGAAUAGAAAGAAAUGGAAUUCUUGCAUAGAGGAUGAGAGGAUGAGUACAGCAGGAAACUGUGACUUUCUUUUGUUUUAUUAUAAAUGGAUGCAGAUAUUAUGUUCUUGUUUAAGUUAAACCACAAAUGACUUCAUUGGGAAUUUUCAUCUAAUCAAAUUAACGUCAACAAUUCAUAAAAGUACUGACAAUUUUUUGGACAUCAACAUUAACUUAAAAACAAGUUAUUAGGUUUAGGUUGGAUACUUUAUUAAUGUUUUGUUGUACUAAUGAAGGCAUUUAUACAGUCCUGUAUUAAAGCUUAACAGUCAUAGUUUUAUUUGACACACAUUUUAGUGUUUCAUCAAUCUGUCAUAAAUAGGUCAUGUUUUUAUGUAAUGAUAUAUUUUAGUUUGUUUUUCAUCCGAUUAACCAUGCAAUUUUUACAGCUUUUCUAAAAUAUAUGUGUUUGGUUACUUUUUGGUUUGAAAGAAUUGCUGUUUUAAAAUGUAAAUUAUUUUACUCUGAUGUAACUUAGUCAGUGUGUACAUUUUAGUUUCUGUUUUCUUUUCAUUGGGCUUACUAAUAAUUUAUGUUUCAUGUGACUUUAAAACACCUGUAUAAAAUAUAUUGAUCAUAGAUUAAAUAAAUUAAAAAAUCUUCUAUAAAUAUAAAUCAUUUUAGGUUUUUUAUUGCAAUGGUUCCUUCCCAUUUUAUGCAAUACAUCUUGAAUCUACUUAUCAUAUUUAGUUUUAUUGUAUUUAUUAAUUAUCUGGUCAACAGAAUUCAUGAUUAUUCUUAUAGGGACUAUGUAGCUCAGUUGGGCACCUACAUUUUCUGAUUUAGAAUUAUUCAUCAUAGUAGGCUCGAAUUUUUUUUUUUUUGUGGUUAAGAAUUUCUAGAAAAUUAGUUUGCUUUAAAUUGAGGGUUAAAAUAUUGCUUAAGGUUGAUAUUGGGCUUUAAGACAGAUAUUUUUGUCCUUUGGUUUAUGUCAUUCAGUUUAUAAGCAUCGAAAAUGCAAUUACUUUAUUUUAAUAUUUACAUUUCUUUAACUUUGGAUACUGGCAACCUUUAAUGUGAUUUUUUUAAAGUCGUACUUAUAUAAUUAAACAAAAUGCUCAUUAAACAAAAUGGUCAUGAAACGAAAGGGUCAUUCUUGUCACAAUCUGUCAUUCAACCCUUUCAACUUUAAAUUGCAAAAAGUGUGUUGAUAUAUUGGCUAUUGUAUAAAGGUUAUUGCUAAUUAUUGGUAGAAUUAGAUCUGUCAUGUAUACAGAAAUAUAUACUUUGAAUACCUUGUUGCCUAGGAACAAACAAUUCAGUUGAACACCAUUGAUCAUGGCAUUGCUUCCUUAAAAUGUGUCUCCUAUAAGUGUCCAUGAAAUUAUUGUUCCUUUCUAAAUAUACUCACAUCCUAUGCUUAGCUCCCUUUGAUCAGCACUUUGCAAUCUCUUUAUGUUUGAUUGGUGACCAUCUUUCUCUUUCUCUGAAAUUCAUGGCCAUUUUUUUUUUCUCCGUGACUGCCUGUAACUUUGUAGAUUUAACUUUUGCUAUUUCCACAGCCAUGGUUGAUGAGAAAAAUUUUUAUAUUAGAUAACAAUUAAUUUUGUUGAAAACAUUUGUCAGUUUGUUGUGUUAAGAAUUCAGUGUAUUUUCAACAGCUCUGUGCAUGAUGAUUGUUACAGUGAAACUUUGUUAGUCAGUUACUCAAGCUGUGCCCAUUAAAAUGUGUGUAACUCUUAAUUAAAGUUGAAGCUUUACUCCCAUAAUGUCUUUUGUUGUGAUUGCCUGAUGGGAUAAAGCUGCUGUGAAGUUGAUGUCUAUAAAAACUAUUUAGAAAUGAGAGGGUGAUGAUAACCGAUGAAAUUACCGGGUAUGUGGAGCAAAAGAGAAAAUAUGUAAGAUAACAUUGUCAAUAGUCAAGAAAUUGAGCAUUUUACAAAAACGAAACUGGGGGAGGGGGUGGGGUUGCCGCCAUAAUAUUUAGUGUCAGCAGAGGAUAGUUACCACACAAUUUUUGCUUUUUCUUUUUAAUCCUGUCUCUUUCUGCCAGAGCCUUGAUUAUAUUGCUUGCAUUGGUUGCUUUCCCCAAUAUUAACCUAUGACUUGUGCUUUAGUUUUGAUGUCAGAUAGAAGCUUCAGAGCCGUGCACCUGCUUCCUAUGGUUUUUCUGGCUGGUUUCUUUUAUAUAUCUGUAUUGCUUGGAAUCACUAAACACUCAUCCUAAUUAACUUUAUAGUUGAUAAUUUAAGAAAUUCACUCUUUCUCAUUUCAAGUCAUUUUUAUGUGUUAUAAUUUUAUUCAAUAAAAUGAACAUUAAAAUUAAAAAAUACGCUCAAUUCAGAUAAUCUGAACUUAAAAGUAAAAUUUCAAAUAUUUCUUUAACCCCAUUACUCACGGCAUAGGUUUAUUUGCUAAAAAUAUUAACUUUUACAUUACGGAUUUAAUUUACUGAAAUUAUUUAAUGUCAUUUGCAUAAGAAUAUCUUUCCAUUUUAAAAACAUUACUUACAUUUAUUUGUGUAAAAUUAUUAAGUUCAAUUUCAGUUUUAGUUCCUUUCACAGUCAGUACCAGUUUGGUCUUUUAUCAAAUCUACUGGCCAAAUUAGGGAUGGAAGUUAAAAGUAAUGAAAAUAAUAAUUUGAAGAAACAGAAAUGCUCUUAUUAUGAGUAGAUCUUAUACAAUCUUUAUAUCUGGAAAAGCAAGCGAAACAAUAGUCAGCAAAAGGUUUUAAAUUUGCUUACAUUUUUAGGACUUUUUUUUUUUUUUUCAUUUGACAAUUUCAGUAGAAGCAGAUAAAAACUAACACUUUUCUGGUCAAACAUAAAACAAUGAGCAUAACCCCCAAACAACAUCUUGGAUAUGGUAAAUAGAGAAAAAUAUGAUUCUGCACUGGGUCGAGGUGAACUCACACUUGUAUCAUCCCAGAUCACUAUGCAAUUCAUGAAUAACUGCUACAGAUGAUAACAACUGCAGAUUUACUUAUUCAUGAAUAAUGCUGGCACCAAGGCUAAAAGUGAAAAAUGUUGCAAAAUUUAUGAUUGGCCCGGAAAGUUUAACACAUGUUAAUUGUUGUUAAAAUCAGUUUUGAUAACAAAUUAUUGUAUAGCAGGGGUUGGCAACUUUUUAGUAUAUUGAGCCAAAGUAGGUUUUCUAAUUAAUUCAGCUGCAAUAAACCUAUAAAACUUCCCUUUAAAAAACUAAUUUUUAUAGUUAUCUGUUAUUAUUUUUUGGAAUGACAUUCAAAAUCGCUCAGUGUGCCAAAGAUAGCCAACCACUGUUGUAUAUCAUUUAUUAAAACCAUCAGCACAUUGAGACGUGUGAGAGCCACUGCUCAGCCUCAAUGACAACUGAGAGAUGUGAGACUAAAAAGACAGGUUAACAGGGCAGUGAGCUGAGAGUUGUAAUUGAAGGACUGAGUUUGUAAAGAUAUUUUGCUAUUGGCCUUUUGGCGCAAUUUUAACAUUGUCUGCCUCUCGACCAUAGAUUUGUAGGUUUUAAAUUCAUUGGAGAUUUCCCCAGAUACGGAUAUAUAGCCAGGUGGAAUAUACACUUAUAGACAGGUGGAAGGGACACUUAUGCCAAAUAAAGCAGUUAUUCUUGGGGAGGAGGUCAAUCCUGAGUAAAAAGAUUUCAACUAACAAUGCGCAAAGCAGCAACCAACUUUGCUGGGGUUUAGAAUUUCUGACACAUGAGAUAAAUUUUAUCACAUUAUAAAAAAGAAGUACCAGUUUUUUAUAUAUGGUAUAAUGGACAUAUUCCCUUCAUUAUGGCCUAAAUUAUAUAGUCUGAGCUGGAAGGCAGUUAAUGGGAUUGAGAUAAGUUAUUUGAGGGAGAUGAGUUUAGUGAUAUGUCUUUGAUUAGAGGGAUAGUGAUAAGACUGUUAUUAAUAACUAUUGGUCCAGUCAUACAAAGGAAAACGGUAAAUAAAUUGAUUAUAUUUGACAAACCAUUCAUCAUCUUUACCAACUUCAGACAAGUGUAUAAAAAAAACUGGUAGUAGCACUAGUAGAAUUAAUUAAUAACAAGUAUUUUUUUGUUUUCAAAGUCAGAAAAUACAUUUUUUAAAUUAACACGUAAAUGAUUUAUUCUUAGAGUGUUAUAGUUAAAUUUCGAAAGUGAAGCCCAGUAACAUAUAUUUGAGUGCCAUCAACAGGAUUGAAUUAUGUGAAGACGCGGGCAGCACCAAAACCAGAAAAGUCAUUACCUAGUCAAAGAACUUCAUUGAAAAAAGAAAUUUCACCAAAAGGAGAAAUUUAUGCAACUGUAAUCAAACCAACAAAGCCAGGUACAAAUAAAACUGAGGCAUUGACAGAACAACCACCAGCAAGUGGUCCCAUAUAUUCUGAAGUUAACAAACAACCACCAGCAAGUGGUCCCAUAUAUUCUGAAGUUAACACACAACCACCAGCAAUAGCUGACAUAUAUUCUGCAGUAGACAAACAGCAAACAAGUGCACAAUUUUCUAUGCCCACGAUUCCUCCAAAGACUGUCCCGCAGGCAAGUUACAUAAAUUUGUCAAUAUGUUAGUUACAUGGGAAUAUUUUUAAAAAUUAAGUUGGAAGAAAAUAAUUUAACCAGGAAUAUAUUUUAAAUAAUUUUUUUAUAGAUAAAUCCCAAAAUAAGAAUUUACCAGUCGUGAAAAACUUUUUUUUUCAUAUUAAACAAUAUUCUAAUAAUUUAAUUUCCUUACGCUUACAUUUGUUAUGCUGGUAAAAUAAUCACCACUUGUGACUUAAUUAAUAAAUAAAAUAAAACAUUUAAUUACCCUUUCUAUUUUAAUUUUUGUUAAUAGAUUUUUUAUAAUAGAAUUAAUAUUUAAAGUUAAAUGAACCAUAGAAAACUUAAUCACUCAAAAUAUUAAAUAAUUAAACAAAAAACUAAAUUGUUUAAAAUUGAAGACCUAAAUGAGGUGUGUUUAAGUAUGUUCAAGAAACUCCCCAUCCCUCUAUAAAAUACAUUUUUUCAAACUUACAAAUGUUAGAUUGCGAAAACUCCAGACAUUUUGAGCAGACAACUUUAUUUCCUGCAUAAAGUACUUUAAGAAGAUUAGUUUAAACAGGGUGGGAAAGAAAUAGAAUAUGUUUAUUUGGUCUAUCCCUUUCAAAAACCAAAGUAAUUUUAAGUACGUUAUUCAGUGGAGAGCUGAAAAAUCUUUUAAGAGAAUCUUUUAUCAUGAAAUUUCCUUCCCAAACAUAAAAAUAUUUUAUAGAUAUUAGAACUCUAAAAAAAAAUAUAUUUAGGGCUUUUAAAUUUCAUAAUACUUAAAUUAGAUAUCUAUUGAAACUUGCAUAAUGCUAAAUUUAAAUUAACGGAUAUUCAUUAGGGCAGACCAAUAAAUUAUUACUGCUAAAUUUUAUCCAACACUGAAAUAGUUACAAUGUUUCAAGAUCCUUAGCUGAUUAAAAAAAAUUGCUCUGUCACCAACGGAUCAUUUAUACAUCUGUAAGUCCUGAUCAGACAAGUAACAAUUCAUUUCUUUGUCUUCUUUUUCUUCUUUUCUUCAGAGAACUGGAAGUCCUCCAGGUGAUGCUUUUUAAAAAAUGGCAUAGUUUUAAUAUAGAUGUUUUAUAUAUGAUAUAAUGUUAGGUUACUCAAAUACAGUAAUAUGCAAAGUGUGCAUUUUGUUAACCAACACUUAUUUUUUUUUUUUAAAUCUAAAAUAAUUUGAAAUAUUACAAGCUAAUUAUUUGUACUGUUCAUAAGAGAUUGAAAGUCUUAGUUUAAGUAGCUAAGUAUUAAAUAAACAAUGCAAAGUUUUGAGUUAUAGAAAAAUGGCGCAUACUAUUAAUUGUUAUGCAAUUCAAUAUGUUAUAAGUUAUAAGACUUGAAAUUUUCAUCCAAAAGAUUGUUUAAAAUAUGCAAAACUAUCUUUGGAUGACAUCAAAAAAUUAUUUAGUUUGUAUGGUAUCACAAAAGCAUGUAGUUUAUUAUUACCAAGUAAAUGGGGCAAAAGUGUGUGUGUGUUGGGGGGGGGGGGGGGAGAUCAAUUUUAUUUUUGCUUAAAAGCUUUUAAAAUUUAUAAUCAUAUAAAUUGCUAAUUCUCUCUUAUCUAUACUGUAUUACAAGGUCUCCACUUAAUAUAUCUCUACUGUAAUACAAGAUCUCCAACUGUUAAAAUCAGUCUCCACUUAACAUAUCUCAACUGUAAAAGGAGGUAUCCACUAAACAUGAGUGCAGCCAAGAAAAACAACUUUGAUUGAAUCGUAAAAGACUAACUACAACUUAACAUUCACUUUCUUCUCCCUGUUAGUGGUGGCUUGUGGUGGUAGUAUAGCUUUGUUAUUAUGAGAUGUGGAUAGCCAUGCACGUAGUGCCUGUAGUAUGUUUUACUAGUUAACAAUUUUAAAAAUCAAGUCAUUCUCAUUUGCUGAACAGAUAGGUAAUAUAUCUUUUUUUGCAUUCCAGGUUUUCUUGAGAGACUGCCCAAAGUGAGUGGACCAAAACCUAUGCCUUUGGCCUGGACCAGCUCAUAAUAAUAUUAUAUUUGAUGAAAGCUCAACAAAACUUGAUUGACUUUUUACUGGAUAGCUUUAUUUAAAAUACUGCUUUAAAUCUUUAAGUAUUGGCAAUGUUAAAUUUAAUAUUUUGUGUUUUCCAUUUAUUGUGAUAAAAUUUUGUUAAUUUAAAACUUUAUAUUACCAUUAAAAUAUUUUAAUGUGAUGAUUUUUUUUUAUGUGGGAUCAUUAGAAGAAUUAGCAAGGAAUUGCACAACCAUUCUCUAGUCUAAUUUUAAAAUAUUUUUAUAACAAAAAGAUGUUAAAAUUUAGAUAAAAAUUUAGAGUUUCUAAAGAAAACUAAAAGCUCAGCAAGAAAUAUAAGUAUGGUCAGUGGCAUCUUGAUGGAAUAUCAGUCUACUCUAACAGAAAUGAGCAAAUGGUUGUGGUGUGAUGGGGUACUCCAUUACAAUUAUAGAAUACCUAAAGUGAAAAGAAGGUAUUGAAUUUAAAGUGGGAGACUUUACUUUCCUUAAAUCACCUGAUGUUUGCACAGGAAGUAUGUUGAACCAAAUCGACACCAAUGAACUCAAGCUUGAAUGCAAUCUUUAAUUUUGUUUUCUUUUAUUUGAAUCAUUAUUAUAAUACAUAAAACUAGAAGUAGUAGAAGUCCAUCUGAUUCUGUCAUCAACUGUUGAGCAUCACAAGUUUGCCUGUUUACUUUGUUUUUGUUUUUUUUAAAUUGUACAAAAACCUUAAAUUUAAUGUUACUGUACUAAUUUUUAUUUAAGCUUUAUUUUAAAAAUAUACCGCUUCAUUUAGCAAUGUUUGGCAAGUGCCUUGUUCUUAAAAUUACUAAAAUUGAAGACUUCUAACAUCAAGAUAGAAUCAUAUGAAACCCUGAGUAAAAAUAAGUCUUUGGAUCUAAAGGGAGAUAAGCUGAUUGUAGGUUAUAGAGCCAUAAGUAAUCACAGUAAAUUACAUCCAAUCGAUUUUUUAAAGCUGAGAUAAUGAAAUUCAGUGUUCUAAGUACAAUUUGCAAAUUAAUUGAUCUGAAAUUAAAGACAGAAAAUAUUUUCUUCAUAGCUCACUAAAAUAACUUAAAAUAUAUUCAUUUAGAUUCCUAUAGUGUUUUAAAAUGUUGCUAUAUAUUUAUUACUAAAGGUGAAACAAUGGUCAUGUAUUUAUAAUUUAUGAAACAACUGUAUCUUUUGAAAUAAAAAGGAUUUCUCACUUUAUUAUUCU